AUGAGGGAUCCGACCGACAACAAGGCGCUGAAGUGCGAGCUGAAAGGUGACGCCAUUGUCAUCAACGACGAUCUGCGCAUCUCGUUCCAGCGCACCAUCCGCGUCCCAGACAAUCACCAGACAUCAUUCCUGCCGCCCAAUCUAGGUUCCUUCCCGCUUAAGCCUGUCUCGAGGUAUCAAAAGGAGCUAGGCACUGCGAUGACGGCCAAGGGUGGUGUGUUCUUGCCCAUGUACCAGUCAGAGGCCAUGUGGAUCAACUUCAAGUCGAGCGGUACCCAUAAUUACAUGAUCAAGAUCUAUGUUGGCGGCGUCAACGCCAUCUCCGGAGAAUAUGCCGUAGAAGAUGCGAGCACCAAGUUACGACGUCAGCAAACGAUGGCGCGCCACAGCCAUGAUAGCGCUCUGGCAUAUGCUUUUCAAGACUACAUUAUCGUGCCUGGUCAACUGUGGCUCGAUGGCAUCGCUGACUCCAACGGCACCGUUCGUCAAUUCGUCGCCAUGCCAUUCGGCAGUGGGCACUCGAUUGAGUCUCAGAUCACAGGUAAGGACGCUGCAGGAGGCAUCCAAUUCGAAGUCGUUCCCUAUGAGCCACGCCCGUCAUUCAGCUUCGCACUACUUCCUGCUCCAAGACCAAUGGGUUACACCGAGGGCAAGCACGUCAUCUUCGUGAAGACUCUCACCGGCAAAACAAUCACACUGAGAGCCCACAGGGAAGAUACUGUCGAAGUCAUCAAGUGUCGCAUCGAGGACAAAGAAGGUAUUCCCUGGAACCAGAUGCGGCUCAUCUUUGCUGGAAAGCAGCUUGAGGAUGGCAGGACUAUCGCUCAUUACAAGAUCCUAUACGAGGGUACUGUCCACGUCGUUCUCAGGCUUCUUGGCGCCGGUGUGGAACCGGUUCACGAAAUGACCGUUGCAGCCGGUGGCAAGAUUCACCAAGUCAUUGAGGAGGAUCACCUAGGCGAUGGCCGCACCACUGUCUUCAACGCGCAGGUUCUCAACUCUGCCGCAUAUCGUUCCGUCACUGGCGUAGCUCCCCCCACCGAGCCCAUCGAUGCCGCGACACACCGGAGCGGCAUCCACGGCAACUUCAGCGCAGUCAAGUCUGUUGCCGCCAUCGAUAAGACCAAGGAGAAGGGUGUCGAUCCAAGGACUGUCCGCAUCUCAUCCUCUGUUGGCAUCAUCAACCCCAAUGGUCCGCUUAGUCGCUUCCGUACCGCCCGUGACCUCGAGAAGGAGUAUAGUGGUUACCACGUCGCUCAGUUCUGA